GUACCUCAAGUUAAGAACAGUUUCAGCUUAAGAAUGGACCUCCAGAACAAAUUAAGUUCUUAACCCGAGGUACCACUGUAUCUGACUUUUAGAAGACAUCUGAAGGCAGCCCUGUUUAGGGAAGUUUUCAAUGACUGAUGUUUUAAUGUAUUUUUUUGUUGGAAGCCACCCAGAGUUUCUGGGGAAGCCCAACCCGGUGGGCGGGGUAUAAGUUAUAAAUUGUUGUUGUUACUGUUACUGUUAUUAUUAAAUAAAUAACAGCCCGGGAGACUUUUGCAUCACUUGCUAAGAUCCAUAGGCCGGAAGUGCUCAUAAAGACAUAGGAGCGGUGAAAAGUUGGCAACAUCUCUACAGAAAUGCACCAGAAAAGGGGCAAGGAAAGAUGUGACAACCCUUACCCAGGAAACUUUUGGGUUUUUCCCCCUCACAGCACAGCCGGAUUAACCUCCUCCAGCCAUAUGUCUGAGUGACAGCUGUGCUGCCCGGCCUCUUAAUGCAAUUAGCAGAUCUUCUUUCCCAGCACUGCCUGAUUCAGGUCAAGAGCAGCAGGGUGGGUGGGGGAACAGAGGGCGACCCCCCACACACACAUUGGGGGUGAUGGCCCUGCAGACUCCGCUGCCUCCUAACCUGCGGAGGGGGCUGACAACUUUCAGCGGGUCCCUCUUCAUCAACAACAAGACUGGCGACUGCGGCCUGGCACAGAGCUACCACCCAGACCACACGGUGCUUUCCAGUCUUCCGUUACAGAUGAUGCUGUACUUCAAUGCCUUCUUCUCCCCGUUCUGGUGCCUGUCGGAGGGGGUCAUGCUGGAACUGAAGUAUAGCCUACUGCCCGCUUACUAUCAGUUCCUGCUGGUCAGUGCAUACCUCAUGAUCAUCUCAGCCGAAGGGCUGCGGCUCUACCUGGGGUUUAUCGGAAAUCUGCAGGAGAAGGUCCCCGAACUGGCCGGCUUUGUCCUUCUCUCCUUCCUGAUUGAGACGCCCGUCCUGCUGUUCAUCCUGACCGACGAGCACAUCAUCCGCCUGCCGCUGGAGACGGCCGUCCACCUGGUCCUCCUCUUCUUCCUUGCCUCCGAGAUCACGGCGGCCGUCUUUGCUCUCAAGGGGAUGACCAGGCAGCUAGCCAGGCAGUUCUACCUGAAGCAAUUCGAGGAGGGGCCCGGCGGGCUGGGCCCGGGUGCGAGGGGCAGCCAGCAGGGGGCUCGGCUAUCCAUCAGCCCUGACUUCCCCCUGCUUUCUGCACAGGGGCGCUAAAUGAGCGACAGGCGGGGGGUGUCUUCCCUUUGAGGCGGUGGUCCUCACUGAGGGCCAGUGUGCUGUCGUCGAGUAACAUCUGAGAGACCAGAGUUCAAAUCCUCACUCGGCCAUACGAAGCUUACUGGGCGACCCCGGGCAAGGCACUCUCUCUAAGGCCAACCUGAGAGCCUCACAGGGUUGUUGUAAGGACUGAACUGAGGUGGGGGAGGGUUGUGUAUGCUGCCUGGAGCUCCUUGGAGAAAAAGGUGAGAUAUAAAUGGAAUAAUUAUGUUAUGUACUGAGUUGAAUAGGAUCCAAAAUGCAGCAGUCUGAUUGGUCCUAGAACAGUGCAGCAGUAUGAUUGGUCUGCAGGAGCCACCCAAUCCAGCUCCAGAUGGAAGUGAAUCCGCAACCUGAUUGGCCUACAGGAGAAUUCCAGAAUUAGCCAAUCACGUGGGGCCCAUUGUGUAAAUAAUGUAUUAAAUAAUAAUAAUAAUAAUAAUAAUAAUUUAUUAUUUGUACCCCGCCCAUCUGGCUGGGUUUCCCCAGCCACUCUGGGCGGCUUCCAACAAAGAUGAAAAAUACACUAAAAUGUCACAUAUUAAAAACUUCCCUGCCUUCAGAUGUCUUCUGAAUGUCAGGUAGUUGUUUAUCGCUUUGACAUCUGAUGGGAGGGCGUUCCACAGGGAGGGCGCCACUACCGAGAAGGCCCUCUGCCUGGUUCCCUGUAACUUGGCCUCUCGCAGUGAGGGAACCGCCAGAAGGCCCUCGGAGCUGGACCUCAGUGUCCGGGCAGAACGAUGGGGGUGGAGACGCUCCUUCAGGUAUACUGGACUGAGGCCGUUUAGGGCAGACAUUUUGGGGGAACUGGCAUUCCUCACUACUAUGAGCUGAAUAAAGAGCAUGAAAUCCACACUCGACUCCGAGUAUAUUUCAAAUUAAAUAAGAAAUAAAUAUGCAGGCAAACCCUAAAGAUGUGGAACUCGCUCUUUACAGAGCUGCGUCGGGCAUCACCAUUGCACAUGAUUCAUCAUAUAUCAAAGAUGCUCCUCUUUAUCCUGGCCUUUGCACAGCAUUUGAAGCUGUUUGAUACUUC